UAUCGAGUCGCCGCGAGUAGCUUGCCAAACUCUAGGUUUUUUUGCAGCCUACUUACUCUAAGUUUAACACGGCGAAAUAUCAGCCGUCAACAACCAUCGAAAGAUAAUCGACGGCAGUUCUACCUCCUCUUUCCGGAGCGCCGCGAAAUAGCUGCCGUCUACAACCUUUGAAAGAUAAUCCGGCAGUUCUAUCUCCUCUUUCACAAGCCCCAAAACAUUCGCUUUCCCUUUCUUGAACUUAAAAACCUCUCACCCUCUUCUUCCUCAAUGAACGCCAGCUCGGGAGCAGCGGUGGCGAGAGCUGAGCGCCUCCACGGAAGUGUGGUGGCGUCUCGAAGACCAUCAUGCUCGAAGCUUCCAGUGUUCUAUGCAAAACCCGCGAGCGAGAUUCGGCUCCCACGCAGUAUUCUUAAGAUGAACGGCGGCAGAAUCUCUUGCUCGACCAGCAACAAUGGAAGGAAGGGUCUUACAUAUAAGGAUGCAGGGGUUGACAUUGAUGCCGGGACUGAGCUAGUUCGGAGGAUCGCUAAGAUGACACCGGGAAUUGGCGGAUUCGGUGGCCUAUUUCCUUUGGGGGAUUCCUACCUUGUUGCUUCUACUGAUGGCGUUGGAACAAAGCUCAAACUUGCAUUUGAGACUGGAAUACAUGACACUAUUGGGAUUGAUUUGGUGGCCAUGUCUGUAAAUGACAUAGUUACUUCAGGAGCUAAACCAUUAUUCUUCCUUGAUUAUUUUGGUACAAGUCACCUUGAUGUUGAUCUUGCUGAAACGGUCAUUGAAGGGAUUGUUGAUGGAUGCAAGCAGUCAGAUUGCGUUCUUCUAGGAGGCGAGACAGCUGAAAUGCCGGAUUUCUAUGCAAAAGGUGAGUAUGAUUUAAGCGGUUUUGCUGUUGGUAUUGUAAAGAAGGACUCGUUAAUUGAUGGGAAGAACAUCAAAUCUGGUGAUAUUCUAAUUGGUUUUCCAUCCAGUGGCGUCCACUCCAAUGGUUUCUCUCUUGUCAGAAGGGUUCUAUCACAAAGCAAUCUUUCUUUGAGUGACCAACUUCCUGGCCAUGGCAGUGGACCAUUUACACUGGGGGAAGCCCUGAUGGCACCAACUGUUAUUUAUGUUAAGCAGGUUCUUGACAUUAUAAGCAAGGGUGGCGUUAAAGGAAUUGCUCACAUCACUGGUGGUGGCUUCACUGACAACAUCCCAAGAGUGUUCCCUCCUGGCCUUGGGGCCAGUAUCUUUAGAAAUUCCUGGGACGUGCCUGCUGUUUUUAAAUGGUUACAAGAGGCUGGAGGGAUAGAUGAUGGUGAGAUGAGGAGAACCUUCAACAUGGGCAUAGGCUUAGUGGCCGUUGUGACCCCCGAGGCAUCAGAGAGGAUUCUUGCAGAGUAUGAUUCAGUUUACCGAAUUGGUGUUGUGGUCAAUGGAGAAGGCGUGAAAUUUGUGUGAAAUGCAUCUCUUAUUUUAUUUAUUUAUUUCUGUUAUUUAUGAGAACAUUUUUUUUUUUGUCUGUAUGGUUUGCUUUAGAAAUUUUGAGUUGAGAACAAUAAUUGUUUCUGAAUAUUAAAUCUUGAGUUAGAAUUCUAAUGAAAAUAAAAGGUUAGAUCUGAGAUCAAA